CCCAGCCCCGCAGCUUCACGCUGCACCGAGUCGGGGUGGAGGAGCCAGUGGGCCCCUCGGCCCCUCCGAAGUCCAGAAGCAGCAUCGGGCCCUCGGCCGCGGGGACGCAGGGCUGCAGAGCUUGGCCCGGGGGGAGCCCGGCCUCGCCCACGCUCGGACUCCGCUCAGCAGCAGCUCUGAGCACCCUCUCGUCAGGCGCAGCGGGGACAGCGGUGCUCGGGGAACAGAAAACCGCGCAGAGCAGUGGAUUUCAGGAGAUGGGGCUGCUGCCGGCUGCUUCCACCACUUGGCAGACGCCGGAGAGACGAGCAGGGUGGCUCCGGCUCCGUCCCCUGCGCCGCGGAGCCACCGCGCCACUGCGUCCUCGGCCCCUCCAGCCUGUCACACUGACAGGUUAUGAGAAGACCGAUGAUGUCUCUGAGAAGACCUCGCUGGCCGACCAGGAGGAAGUACGGACGAUACUCAUCAACCAGCCCCAGCUGACAAAAUUCUGCAAUAAUCACGUCAGCACUGCAAAAUACAACAUAAUCACAUUCCUUCCAAGAUUUCUCUACUCUCAGUUCAGAAGAGCUGCUAACUCAUUUUUUCUCUUUAUUGCACUGCUUCAGCAAAUACCUGAUGUAUCACCAACAGGUCGCUACACAACACUGGUUCCUCUCUUAUUUAUUUUAGCUGUGGCAGCUAUCAAAGAGAUAAUAGAAGAUAUUAAACGACAUAAAGCUGAUAAUGCAGUGAACAAGAAACAGACACAAGUUUUGAGAAAUGGUGCUUGGGAAAUUGUGCACUGGGAAAAGGUGGCAGUAGGGGAAAUAGUGAAAGUGACCAAUGGGGAACAUCUCCCAGCAGAUCUCAUCAGCCUGUCCUCAAGUGAGCCCCAGGCCAUGUGCUACAUUGAGACUUCCAAUUUAGAUGGUGAAACAAACCUGAAAAUUAGGCAGGGCUUACCAGCAACAUCAGAUAUAAAAGACAUUGACAGUUUGAUGAGACUUUCUGGCAGAAUUGAAUGUGAAAGUCCAAACAGACAUCUGUACGAUUUUGUGGGAAACAUCAGGCUUGAUGGACACAGCACUGUCCCCCUGGGAGCAGAUCAGAUUCUUCUUCGAGGCGCCCAGUUGAGAAAUACACAGUGGGUUCAUGGAAUAGUUGUCUACACUGGACAUGACACCAAACUGAUGCAGAAUUCAACAAGUCCACCACUUAAACUCUCAAACGUGGAACGGAUUACAAAUGUACAAAUUUUGAUUUUAUUUUGUAUCUUAAUUGCCAUGUCUCUCAUCUGUUCUGUGGGCUCAGCCAUUUGGAAUCGGAGGCAUUCUGGAAAGGACUGGUAUCUCAACCUAAACUAUGGUGGUGCUAAUAAUUUUGGACUGAAUUUCUUGACCUUCAUCAUCCUUUUCAACAAUCUCAUUCCUAUCAGCUUGUUGGUUACAUUAGAAGUGGUGAAAUUUACCCAGGCAUACUUUAUAAAUUGGGAUCUCGACAUGCACUAUGAACCCACAGACACUGCUGCUAUGGCUCGAACAUCUAAUCUGAACGAGGAACUUGGCCAGGUAAAAUACAUAUUUUCUGACAAAACCGGUACUCUCACCUGCAAUGUAAUGCAGUUUAAGAAGUGCACCAUAGCUGGAGUUGCUUAUGGCCAUGUCCCCGAACCUGAGGAUUAUGGUUGCUCUCCUGAUGAAUGGCAGAGCUCACAAUUUGGAGACGAAAAAACGUUUAGUGAUUCGUCAUUGCUGGAAAACCUCCAAAAUAAUCAUCCAACUGCACCUAUAAUAUGUGAAUUUCUUACAAUGAUGGCAGUUUGUCACACAGCAGUGCCAGAGCGAGAAGGUGACAAGAUUAUUUACCAAGCAGCAUCUCCAGAUGAGGGAGCAUUGGUCAGAGCAGCCAAGCAACUGAAUUUUGUUUUCACUGGAAGAACGCCGGACUCGGUGAUUAUAGAUUCACUGGGGCAAGAGGAAAGAUACGAAUUACUCAAUGUUCUGGAGUUCACCAGCGCUAGAAAAAGAAUGUCCGUGAUUGUUCGCACACCAUCCGGGAAGUUACGACUUUACUGCAAAGGAGCUGACACCGUGAUAUACGAUAGACUGGCGGAGACUUCAAAAUACAAAGAAAUCACCUUAAAACAUUUAGAGCAGUUUGCUACAGAAGGGUUAAGAACCUUAUGUUUUGCCGUGGCUGAGAUCUCGGAGAGCGACUUCCAGGAGUGGCGAGCGGUCUAUCAGCGCGCGUCCACAUCUGUGCAGAACCGGCUGCUCAAGCUCGAGGAGAGUUACGAGCUAAUUGAAAAGAAUCUUCAGCUACUUGGAGCUACAGCCAUUGAGGAUAAAUUGCAAGAUCAAGUGCCUGAAACUAUAGAAACUCUCAUGAAAGCAGAUAUCAAAAUCUGGAUCCUCACGGGGGACAAGCAGGAAACCGCCAUCAACAUUGGACACUCCUGCAAACUUUUGAGGAAGAACAUGGGAAUGAUCGUUAUAAACGAAGGCUCUCUUGAUGCAACAAGGGAGACUCUCGGUCGCCACUGCACCAUCCUCGGCGAUGCUCUGCGAAAAGAGAAUGACUUUGCUCUUAUAAUCGAUGGGAAAACCCUCAAGUACGCCUUAACUUUCGGAGUCAGACAGUAUUUCCUGGACUUGGCUUUGUCAUGCAAAGCUGUUAUUUGCUGCAGGGUUUCUCCUCUUCAAAAAUCUGAAGUUGUUGAGAUGGUCAAGAAACAAGUCAAAGUCAUAACGCUUGCGAUUGGCGAUGGAGCCAAUGACGUCAGCAUGAUACAGACGGCGCACGUGGGCGUUGGCAUAAGCGGCAAUGAAGGCCUGCAGGCCGCCAACUCUUCUGACUACUCCAUAGCUCAGUUCAAGUAUCUGAAGAAUUUAUUGAUGGUUCAUGGCGCCUGGAACUAUAACAGAGUCUCCAAGUGCAUUCUGUACUGCUUCUACAAGAAUAUAGUCCUCUAUAUUAUUGAGAUCUGGUUUGCCUUUGUGAAUGGCUUUUCUGGACAGAUCCUCUUUGAGAGAUGGUGUAUAGGUCUUUAUAACGUGAUGUUUACAGCAAUGCCUCCCUUAACUCUCGGAAUAUUUGAGAGAUCCUGCAGAAAAGAGAACAUGUUGAAGUAUCCUGAAUUGUACAAAACCUCCCAGAACGCCCUGGACUUCAACACCAAGGUUUUCUGGGUUCAUUGUUUAAAUGGCCUCUUCCACUCAGUUAUUCUGUUUUGGUUUCCACUGAAAGCCCUUCAGUAUGGAAAUGUAUUUGGAAAUGGGAAAACCUCUGAUUAUCUGCUGUUGGGAAACUUUGUUUACACUUUUGUGGUGAUAACUGUGUGUUUGAAAGCUGGAUUGGAGACGUCGUACUGGACGUGGUUCAGCCACAUAGCGAUUUGGGGCAGCAUCGCGCUCUGGGUGGUGUUUUUCGGCAUCUACUCCUCCCUGUGGCCCGCCGUUCCGAUGGCCCCCGAUAUGUCAGGAGAGGCUGCCAUGCUGUUCAGUUCCGGCGUCUUCUGGAUGGGCCUGUUGUUCAUCCCUGUGGCAUCAUUACUUCUUGAUGUGGUGUACAAAGUCAUCAAGAGGACUGCUUUUAAAACCUUAGUAGAUGAGGUUCAGGAGCUGGAGGCGAAAUCUCAAGACCCAGGUGCAGUUGUGCUUGGAAAAAGCCUCACGGAGAGGGCGCAACUGCUCAAGAACGUCUUUAAGAAGAACCACGUGAACUUGUACCGAUCCGAGUCCUUGCAACAAAACCUGCUCCACGGGUAUGCUUUCUCACAAGACGAGAACGGAAUCGUGUCCCAGUCUGAGGUGAUCAGAGCCUAUGACACCACGAAGCAGAGACCCGACGAGUGGUGAUGGCACGGGGAGCUCCCAGGUCUUUCCGGAACCUGCCGGCCGAUCCCAGUCUGGCGCAAGGAAGGGGAAGGGGAUCUGAGCUCAUCCCAUCGGCCGACCGUCAGAUCCGUGCCCAUCCCACAGUACCCUGUGCCACUCUAACACCAUCUCGUUCAGAUUUUUUCAAGUGUUCGCUGAGUCUUUGUAAGCAGAAGGUGAAAAUGACCUUGUACCUUGCCCGAAAGCUUUCCUAAGCUGAGGAUAGGUCAGUAAGUCUCAGGCCGUUGCUCUGGGGCUGUAACUGUCAAUUCAGCAGAUAUAAACCCACAAGGCGACCGACCAUUAAAAAAAAAAAAAAAAAAAAAAAAAACCUCUAAAGUGGUAAUAAUCUAAAGGGACUCUUGAUAUCCAGACUUAGAUUCCAGAACGUGCUGAAAAAAGCCAGCGCUCUUCUCUAAGGAACUGACUGCCCUCACUGAGCAAAAUUUCUAAACAAGACAUUAAUGAGUGUUUGUGUCAAAAACCGUCCUGAUCAGUGUUUGCCAAAGACGCUCAGUACGUGUAUUUCCCACCCCGUAGUCAUUUGCCCAGAAACUAAGAGAGCGUGUACCUCCAGUUCUGCUGUAAGAUCCGCAUGCUUGACUCUUCAGAUGUAAGAAGUGAUCCAUAAAAAUGAGUAUUUCAAGGCAUUUGCUACUAACCUCUGUGAUGUCGCACCUCUGGCCUUACAGAUGCUUCUGUCUCGUUUGUCUCGUUCACUGGUCGGCGCUGGAGGGCCCACGGGCAACGUGACGCUGCCGUCGCAGUCCUGGUUUCUAAGCCGUGUUUGUGUCUCCGUCAGCUCCGAGGAGGCGUCCUCCUCGUGUAGAUUUUUCUAGAGAUCUGGCUUCUGCUGAAGACUGAGCGCCGUCACUUUGUCUUACGGUUUCCCCCCUUGAGCAAAACACGCUUCUGUAUUGGUGUGGGAUCCGCGGGCUUCCACGGGGAGCUUCGGGGACCCCUUGGGAUAAGUGCAUGGGCUUCUGUGAUGUCCCCGGGCUCGGCUUUUGUCCCGUGUCGCCUGCUGUGUGCAUAGCACCCCCCGGGCUUGUCGGGCGGCUCCCCAGAACCACUCACACUAAUGUGCUGCUAACUGGGACAGAUCCGUGGGACACAGGAACACCUGUCGGACUCAGACCCGUAACUUUACCGCCAAAGUCGGUCUUCACCCCAAGUAGCUUCUGCUACUAGGUCUUUAAAUGUAUGUUCAGUUUAAGCAUUUUCGGCAUUUCCCAGACAUCUCCUGCAAAUGCCUAUUUUGCUACCGAAGAUAAAUGGUGAAGGGGCUGUUUAAAAACCGCAACCAGUUUUCUAUACUAUUUUUAAAAUAACGCUCUCAUUUAAAAGAAAAUCAAAUAAAAAGGAAUUCUAGUUUUCAGAUACACUUCAGAGAUCGAAGCAAACUUUUUGCCUUUUAUUCAGAAGCCUGUUUGCCUUUAAGUGGACUUACCAGCAAAAUAGGUGGAACUUCCUCUUUUCAAAAAAAAAAAAAAAAGUCAACUGGAAUUGUGAAGAGAGGUGAUUUUCCAGGUCGCACUUUGAGUCUAAUAUAAUUCCACAUUCUUUUUACCCUUUUUCUUAGUCUAGAUUUAGAAUUAGGUUCCACGUCAUUUCCUUCUCUGUAUUCAUAGUUACUUGGUCCUCCCCCGUUUUCUUGAAAUAAGAGAGGUCAUAACACAUACAUAAUUCUAGAGGGGGCAGGGAGGUGACACAGGAUCACUUCCCAGACUGUUCCCAUUCGGGGUUGAGAGUAAGAAAACCGUGAAUCGAAACACCUAGAAAGACCAGGGGUGUUAACAGCCUAAGACCGUCUUCAAAACUCUGGAGUCGGAGAUUUUUGUCCACUGAAUGAAUAUUCAGAGAGGCUCCUGGGCCCCCCAGUGAUGACAGUCGAGGUCAGACGACACAAAUCAAAAAACAAGAAUGAAGCGCGUCCCUGCAGAGAAACACUGGAGAGCAGUUACAGACAAGAGCUACGUCCACUUGCCUCGACCUCAUCAGUGGCAUCCUUCUCCAAAAUGUUCAUAUCAAAGUAGGAUGAAUAUAACAGAAAUGAAUUUUCUGGCCUAAAAAAAAAAAAAGUAAAAGUUUUCUUUUUGAUCUUAAAACAUGGAUUAUUUCUAUGGAGCUCUUCAACGUGAGUAAAAUGCCCCCAGUUAAGUAAUGCAGGAGAUCGUGGUCUGAAAUAGGGCCAAUUUAGGUCUUUUUGUCCCAUAGUCCUAUUUUUGAAUUAUUAAGUCAAUUCCUCUGGUCCCUGGGUGAGAGAGGGGGUUGGGCAGCAGGGAGUGACCUCGUUGGUAAAACUUAAAACACAGCACUGCAGUCGCAGGGACUUCCUCCCGUUAGAGGAAACCUCUGAUUUUUUAACCUUCCAAAGAGGAGGGGGAAAGUAGCAGUUUUGCCAGGAUUGAAACAGCUGAAGUGACUUUUUAACUUGUAUUUUCUGAAAUAGAGGACACAUACUCUUCUUCAAUUAAAAAGCCCCUUGUAGGGACUUUGGCAAAUGCUAACACCGUUGCUUUACAAUGUUUACAGUUCAGAAAAUACGACGGCAGAAAAUCCUCAUUCAUUUAACAUUGAAAAGCUGCGAGUGGCUUCUUUAAUGUUGAAUAGUACACCACGAUAUCGAGCAUGAACUUUCUAAAUGUUUUAUAUUUACACAUAAAAAUAUAUUGGUGGCUCACACCCGGAGAGAUGCUAGAAUAGGGCAGAAAUUGUUAACUGGAGAAUGGCUGUUUCUCAGGAAUGUAGCAAAUUUAAGAUGUUCUCUGUGCUGCCCAAGCCUCCCACCCCCCACUCGAAGACUGGUGUGAACGGGCUCGGCAGUGUUGCAAAGCUAACGGAAACCCUUUUUUCUAAUCAAGUCAGGUGAACGUGGAUUCUUAGUCAACAAUAUUAUUCACUCUACACGAAUUAUAUAGUCACUGAAUGGAGUCAGUGAUUCCUCUUAAUUUUCAGGGGGAAAGCUGAAUUCCAGAAAUCAACAUUUAUUCUGAUUGUUAGGCUGUACAUUUUAAUUUUGCCAUUUAGCAUUCUAAAUAUCAAAUACGAACAUCACAUGAUAAAUUUGUUCCAUGGUGUGUGCGCUGUGCAUCACCUAUCACUUGCCAUUUAAAACAUCCUUCCAGGAAACAGAUGCUAGUCUGAAAGUAAUAGAUUGUAUAUUUGUAGUUUUUAAACUAUUUGUAGCAAUGUCCCAACGAUUACCAUACUAAAUGAUCAUCAGUGUAUAUUUUUGUGCAGUUGCCCUACGACAGUUCUUGGUUCUAAAACUUAUUUUAUCAAAUAAGCCUAUAAUCUUAUAAAUAACCAUUUAUAAAAUUUAUGGAGACGACACCCGCCCCAUUCACAUCAUGUGGACCAGAUCUGUGGAGUUAUUUUUUUGUAAAUUCAUGAACACCAUGCAGUUCGGUGCCUAAUAAAUGCUUUUUAAUGAUGAACAUUUCUAUAAUGCUUCUUUAAGAGAUCACAAUCUGAUUUUUCUCACAUUAAAAUAACUGAAGUCACUUGUGAGACUUAGUUAUACUUUGCUGCAUUUUAAUUAACCUUCAGUGGCUAUUAAAAUGGAAUGUAAGUUAAACUUUGAAGGAAAGGAAAUAAAUGUUUUCCAUUUUUCGUCUUGAUUUAUUUUCUGUAUGAAAGCAGCUGUGUUUUUGAUAGGUUUAUGGUUUGCAUGAAUUAAUAUUUAAAGUGGCCUGGGCCAAUGCAUGGCUGUUGCUGUAAAUCUUGAUGUUUAUUUCUGCCUUAUAAAAUUCUAUCAUGGCCUACCUGGAAUUUAAUAUUCAGUGGACAAAUUAAUUGGUUCUUUGCACAACUUUUUUUAAUAAGUAAAUUAUUUUACAAACAAAUUUAAUUGCAACUUUUGUUUAGCUUGCUUCUAAGAACUUUCCUUAAUAAAGCUCACAAAACUUCUCAGCAAAUAAAUCUCCCGUAAGUAGGAAAAAAGCUAGAUUUCGUACAUGCUUACUUUGAAUUAACAGCAACUUUCCAUAGGUAAAUCUGCUCUUGCAAAAACGUGAGCAGAAUAUUAAAAAAUAAUAUCUUUAUGUUUCAUGGUUCUAGAAUAGAAGCCAUAAAUGCAGUAAAUACUGUUUGCUGUUUAUUUAGCUACUUCAAGCUUCAUUUUUCACAUUUUCAAGUUUAUUAAGUUUUUUUUUAAAAAAAGGCAGCCUUGGAAGGCAGCUACUAUGGAAAAUCGAAGUUUGCAUUAAAGAUAAAAUAGUUUUUUCAGCUCCAUGAAAAACCAUUCCUGCUGAAACUGCUGUCGAAAUUGUGAAGCUGCAUGAGUGGAGACUAUUGAAUCUGUGAUUAUAGUUUUCUCAGGUUUGUUUAUCUCGAUGUUCAAUGCACUGUGUUUUAUAAAUAGUUAUUAAAGUUGAGUAAUACUCAGUUCUAUGCAGUGUUAUGUGUCAUUGGCCUUUUGUGAAUGUGCAUGUUUUAAACUGCAAAUUUUAAACAUUUUGUCCUCUCAUUGUUAUUAAAAAUUAAAUAAACCGUACCAUUACAUAAAG